AUGCCUUGGAAAUUUGAAGAAAUCAAGGACUUUCUGCUCACAGCCUGGCGGAAGGAUGCCAAAGCUGUCAAGACCAAGAAGAACAAAGAUAAUGUGAAGUCCAAGGUUCGCUGCAGCAGGUACCUCUAUACCCCGCUCAUCACAGACAAGGAGAAAGCGGAGAAGCUGAAGCAGUCUCUGUCCCUGGUUUGCCAGUGA